AUGGAGGAACAUAUCCGUCAAAGUCUCUCCAACCACCCGCAUGCUUUGCAUCAUUUGCAUAGCAGCAGCCCACACUCCUCCCGAUCAAUGACUCCCCGCCAGAAUGAGGGCACCUCGAGCGCCCUCGAGCACGAAUCUAUAAUCCACAACCGCCCUGGUAGCCCCGAUGAAGAGGGCCAGCUUCCACCCCGAUACACCGCCGAGAGUGACCCCUUUAAGCUGGCCUCGAAGCUCAAGACCGAGGACGAGAUUCGACAGAUGAAGGCCAAUACUUCGCGGAAGCGUGACAGCACAAAGGCCAUGGAGAUGGUACAAAAGGCAGGCGUUGCGGGCAAGCAAUUUCUUGUUACUCGCAAGCUGCAAGACUUCUACGAGAAUCAGAAUGAGACCAUCGAGCGGAUGUUGAAGCCCGUCGAGGAGCAUGUGCGUGCGGCCCGCGAGCUGAACAGCGAGAACAGUUUGAAGUACAAGAUUGCCGUGUACGCCAGCUUUGCUGCAAACAUCAUUCUGUGUGGUGUGCAAAUAUACGGUGCCGUAUCCUCUGGAUCUUUGUCACUGUUCACUACCAUGGCGGACGCCAUCUUUGACCCCUUGUCCAACUUGACUCUGUUGCUGUGCAACAAGGCCGUCAACCGAGUUGACGCUCGCAAAUUCCCUGCUGGAAAGGCCCGUAUUGAGACAGCCGGUAACAUCUGCUUCUGUUGUCUCAUGACUGCUGUUUCGCUCAUCAUUAUCGCCUUUUCCAUUCGUGAGCUUGUAGAGGGCUCCGACACUCUUAAAGCUCCCUUCCACCUGGCCUCCGUGGUCGCUGUCGCCGUCGCAUUCUUCACCAAGCUCGGUCUAUUCCUGUACUGCUUUGCUUUGCGCAACCAGGUCUCCCAGAUCCGUAUUCUGUGGGAGGACCACCGAAAUGACCUGCUCAUCAACGGAAUCGGUGUAAUGACUUCUAUCCUGGGUAGUAAGGUCCGCUGGUGGAUCGAUCCUAUGGGUGCUAUCAUCCUAUCGUUGAUUGUCAGUGGACUGUGGUUGCAUUCCGCCUAUGGCGAGUUCCAGCUCCUGAUUGGUGUUACUGCGGACACCAAGAUGCAGCAGCUGAUCACAUACAUCUCCAUGACCCACUCCCCUAUGAUCACUGCCAUCGACACCGUUCGUGCGUACACGUCCGGCCCUCGUCUUCUUGUCGAGGUUGACAUUGUCAUGGAUCCUGCCGCGACUCUUCGUGCGACCCAUGAUGUUGCAGAGGAGCUCCAGAUCAAGCUGGAGUCUCUGCCUGAUGUUGAGCGUGCCUAUGUGCACGUCGAUUAUGAAUUUGAGCAUAAACCGGAGCACUUUCUCAAGAAAGAGCUGUGA